UUUUUUGUAAGGAAACAAAAGCAAAACUGUUCACCAGGUUCUGUGAUUGCCAGGAACAUGAACGUGAUUGAACUGACCAAUCACAGCAGGAGGAGGCUGGGAUUGGCGGCACCUAUGUGGUUAUUUAGGCUGGCCAUGGCUGUAACAAAGCUGCUAGAAGGGAGCUGUGCCACACAGCGCUGGAACACCGAGGAGACAGGGUGACUGGUCUCAACACCCAAGUGUAGUGAAGCAAGUUUCUCUUUUGCUCACAAGUGACGAUGGCAGUCUGGUCUUUCCGAGUGGCUGUGUUUCUGCUGACAGCAAGCCUGAGUGCAGCGUGGACGAAUGGCAAUGUGAGGCUGAUUGGGGGACAGACGCCAUACGAGGGGCGCGUGGAGGUUUACUACAGCGGAGAGUGGGGGACAGUCUGCGAUGACAGCUGGGACCUUGCAGACGCACAUGUGGUGUGCCGCUCACUGGGGUUUCUGAAUGCAAGCGAGGCCGUCGUGGGAGGGAUGUUUGGAGCAGGCUCAGGCCGCAUCAUGCUGGAUGAUGUCUCCUGUCAGGGGACGGAAUCUUCGCUGGCCCAGUGCAGAUCCAAAGGCUGGCACAUCAACGACUGCAAACAUGAGGAGGACGCUGGGGUCAAGUGCCAACCAAAGAUGAUGCUGGAUAACACAAUGACGUACACACUGGACAGGAGCGCGGGGUUCUCUGAGGUGCUGGGAGAUUUGUAUGAAAGCCAGCGGGACUGUGACUUCAACAUCACCGUGGUGUCCGCUGGGGAGCCGGAGAGCGCGGAACACAUCUGCACACACAGACUCAUCCUGUCCCUCAACGCUGAGACCGCCUUCCUCAACCUCACCCUCUUCAACAGCUUCACCUUGGAGGUGGUGAAGGAGUGCCGACCCUUCGUCACCGACUUCCUCAAGUACCUCUACACCAAACAAAUAGACAUAACCUUGUUUUCAGCUCAGUGCAUCCACAAACUUGCAUCUGAUUACAACGUGAAGGCUCUGCAGGAGUACGCCGGCCAGCUCUUCUCCUCACUACUCCCCCAGGACCCCUCCUUCGAGAGACAGGUCUCCCUGUACGACUACGCCCUCGACACUGAGGAUCCCCUGCUGAAGGAGACCUGUCUGAAAUACCUGGCGUGGAACUGUGAGGCCUUCGCCAAUUCCUCAGCGUGGCUCAGGCUGGGGGCAGAGGUGCUGGGGGACCUGCUCUCCCGCUCCGACCUGGUGGUCCCUGACGAGAUCUUCCUCCUGCAAGCCCUUGAGAGAUGGAUCCUGGUGAAGUGGGAGAAUGCUAACAGCAGUAAUGGCAGUACCAACCUCCGGGUAGAGAAGGAGCUGUUGGGAGGGAUCCGCUUCCCUAUGAUCCCUCCUGAGCAGCUCUUUGACAUCCAGUUCAACUCCUCAGUCUACCUGAGCCAGCCUGCACUCUACCAGGCCAAAAUCCUUCAGGGGCUCCAGUUCCACACUGUAUCCUAUCAGAAGCUCAAGCUUCACAUUAACGGGUUGACAGAAGACUACAGCCCGAGGAUCUAUACCUCACCCACAUGGAGCUACACCUAUACAGUGACCACAAUCAAUUACAACUACCAUUAUAGAAACCAGUACAAUAACAGGCACUACGGAAGCAGUCAGAGUGUUUCAUUUCAAACCCCAAAGCAUCCAAGUCUACUCUUCCAAUCCCAGGUGUUAUCCUGGUCUGUCGGGGUCCACAUGUCCAGGGAGAGCUGCAGGAACAGAGGCUACAGCUGCGAUUACAGCUCCUACCCUGCCGCCACGCUCACCGGCCGUUCUUCUGACGCUUCCAUCCGCUAUGACAACAAGGUCCUCCUGAUCUGCAAUGGAGACUUCGUCUCUCACGUGCAGGAAUUCAAAAACAACGUGGCGCUGCUGCCUUCCAACAGCACUCUCCUGCAGUCCUUCCCCUGCCUGUCCAACUACUCCACUUUUAAGUUCGUAGUGCGUCCCCAGUACAACUUUUACAACUGAGGGUCUCCCUCCUCGCGGAGACUCAUGCUUGCAGCGUCAGUAGUAGUUACAGUAGACUCUCCUUUAAUUGGGGUUUAGCUUCGCUUGGUAAGGUUUAUUAGGAUUGUAUGAUUAAGAAACCGUUAUUAUGCAGAUUAUGCGUAAAUUAGCUCUGCUGAAACUACAAGACAAUGAGACAGUUCCUCGUGCAGCCCCUGGAACUACAAUACUAAUGAUAUGAAUGGUUUGUUCAUAUAUUGUAAUCCUAUAAUAGUGAUUACAAUAUAUGUAAUCAUAUAAUAGUAAUCUAUAAUGUCUUGAUUUUCUCUGCUAUAAAUGUGUACAGAUACAAUUCCACUGCUACACCAAGUACAACAGGGACGAAGCAGAAUUUGUGAAAUUUGACAAAAAGCAGAAUUAAUGAAGCAAACCCUGUUUUUUUUAUAACAUUGAAACUUUGUGUGACACAAAUCUCUUGGCUCCCCAAAAAGUAAUCUAACCAUACCCUGUCCUGCACAUCCUCACAGACCACAUGGGGAUUCAAUGGAAACCAUGUCCAUUUACAAUAAUAAUUGUAUUUCCAUAUGCUACACCAGACCCUGUCUCAUGUCUCUGCUGGACCGUUUAUACUGGCAGGUGUAUGGAUGACUGAAUACAUUGGCAAUUUAGCUAGCACAGGCAGAAGCAAUUGACACAGUGGGCUGAUACACCAGAUGUGUUCUGGUAUAGAAUCUGUUCUCUACUCAGAAGAAUCACAGGACUGGCAGUGGGUAUCUAGGACAGGACUAUUGAAUGUAACUACAGGGAGAAGCUUCAAUAAACUUGAGAAUCGCCAAUGCAUUGCAAGAAUGGGAAAGUACCAGUAUGUAUACACGAUUGUAUGGCAUUCAGCAGAUCAUAUGACUUUCUUAUGUGUUUUGAAUUAAAAAAAAAUGUUUUGUUGGACUAUGCCAGUUUUCAUCAGAGAUGAUUCAUUUCAUCAAGUAUCUCUCCCUGUUGCUGUUGGAAUAGCGUGCAAUUGUCAAUUGCAAUUUGUCCUUCAGGAUGUAAUAAAAAAAAUGCAUAUUGUUUUUGUUAUUCAUCAAUGUAUGCCUUGUGUACAACUGUAACCAUUAAUAAAAUAUUUUUCUAACACAA